AUGUUUCAAACGAUCAUUCAAGGUCUCGCCAUAUUCAUGCUCACGCAGUUUGUUGUGAACCAAUUCUUCGGCUCGAAAUCACAGAGCGGAGGCGCCGCCGCGCCCAAGCAAAAUGUCAAUUUCGAUGAAAGAGCCGAUGUGACGGCCCUCACAAACUAUUCGCAUGUCCCUCAAAACAUUGCCCCGAUAUGGCCUGACAACAGCGUCAUCGACAUUCGCAUGUAUGUGUCUCCGCAGCUGAGUCUUCCUGCCUUGUCGACCGUGCCGAAGGAGAGCCUUGUCUUGGACGAGGAGAGUUUUGGAAUGGGGAAUUAUGAAGAAAACCGAGAGGUUCAUACCCAUAUCGCCAUACCAACAGAGGUCCAGCAUAACGCAACACUAUGGGCUCAUUUCUACGUCGCACUAGCUGGCAGCGAAAUUGACCCGACAAGCCCGAACUACGACCCACAUAAAGCAACUCACUUCAAGAGGCCGCUGAACCAGUUCCUCCCAAAGAAAAAGGCUCGUAAGUUGAAGAACCUGCUCGAGAAAAGCGAGGAGCCAGAAGAAGAAGAACCGGAAGAGGUCCAGGGUGUGCAGAUUGCCUCGUAUUACCACCCCAACUUCACAGUCGCUGUGAUCCCAAACACAGGUGUGCAAAGCUGGCGUCAAAUGCACCCGGCUCUCCGCAAGAAUAUCGUGCUCGAACCGACCGGACAGCGCGAUGCUUCGGGGCAAAAUGGCUGGUAUUAUCCAGUGGUCUUCCUCAACACGUUCUGGCAAUUACGCAGCCACAUGACUGAACUUAACGACACCGUCAAGGAAAUGCCCCUGAACAUCCAACUGUACAACCUGGCCAAUUGGAAAUACAAUCUAUUGGCAUCUAUUGACGAGGGAAUGAAACAAAACCAAGCGCAAGCUGCGAGCGGCACACCCAUGCCCGGCGGCGGAGACGGCAGCGAGUUCGAAAAAUUUAAAGAAAUUCUUUUAGACACCAAUGCCUACUUGUUGGGAACCACCUUCGUCGUCAGCAUCCUCCACAUGGUCUUUGAAGGUCUCGCGUUCAAAAACGAUAUUUCUCACUGGCGGAAGAAGAAGGACAAUGUGGGCACAUCUGUUCGGACCAUCCUUGCGAACGUGUUCAUGCAGACCAUCAUCUUCUUAUAUUUGGUUGACAACUCCGAGAACACCUCGUGGAUGAUCCUCGCCUCGCAGGGCUUCGGCAUCUUACUUGAGGCGUGGAAAAUAACAAAAACUGUUGAUGUGCGCUUGCGCGAACCCGGCCCGGAUUCGAAGUUCAGGGGUAUCCUACCUUAUGUGGUUGUGUUUGAAGAUAAACAUAAAUUGACCGAGAUGGAAAAGCAAACGCAAGAGUACGACCAGAUUGCCUUCCGUUAUUUAUACAUCAUUGCAGUGCCCCUACUGCUCGCGUACGCGGUCUACAGCCUCAUCUACGAGUCCCACAAGUCUUGGUACAGCUUCGUGAUUGAGACAUUGGUGGGAUCGGUGUAUGCGUACGGAUUCCUCAUGAUGGUGCCUUCUCUUUACAUCAACUACAGAUUGAAAUCUGUCGCGCACAUGCCGAGCAAGGCCCUGAUGUACAAGUUCCUCAAUACGUUCAUUGACGAUCUGUUCGCGUUUACGAUCAGAAUGCCAAUUCUACAUCGUCUCGCGACACUGAGAGACGACGUGAUCUUCUUUGUCUGGCUGUACCAGAAGUACAAGUAUAAGGUGGACUAUUCGAGAGUCAAUGAGUUCGGGCAAGGCGGCGAGGAUGAGGACGGGGAAGAAGAGGAAGCGAAGAAGGAAGACGGCAAGAAGACGACGACGGGCACCAAAGCACUCGAAAGUCAAGGUACCAAGGAAUUGAAGUCCUCUGCUUCAGCCUCCAGUGCGAGUGGAGCCCAGGCCAACGCGGGCGCGAAGAAGAGAAAGUAG